AUGGUUCUCACCGACCCAUUUCUUCGCCCAGUUUCUAGUGCUUUUCAAGCUCACCUGCAUCGAUUCGGCAUAAGUGACGUCGCGGUUUGUGAAUGUGACGAGUGCCUCACGCAGGACUCGUGGCAUGUUCUUUUACACUGUCCACUGUACGCCGAGAAACGUUCGAAACUUAACGUAACGUCUGGGGGUCAUGGUGUGUUGCCGACUUGGUGGCAUCUUCCCGGUCACUCGUGGAUCUCAAGCGUUUUACGCGGGCUAUUCUCCUCCAAAGGGAACAGCAUUAAUAUGUGCGCAGUACCGCGAACGCCGGUCGCGAGCGGUUAA